AUGACCUCGGUUUCAAAUCAGAUGUUGACUUUAUCCUUUGCUCCUCCUACCCGGUGUGAUCCGGUCUCUCAAUCGGUAGUGUAUGUUAAAUGCUGCAAGUUCCAAAGGAGAGUGCUUUGGAGUGAGAUUGAGAAUCUUGGCAGAUCGGUCCAAGGGGCCUGGGCCAUUGCUGGCGAUUUCAAUGCAGUGAUAAAUCCAGAUGAAAGGAGAGGGAGCCGUGCUGUUGAUGGUACAAGCAUGGAGGACUUUGCUGAGAUGAUUCACAAUUCCGGCCUUAUUGAUGCGGGUUUCAUCGAUCAUGCACCCCUGCGUCUCAUCUUCCCUUCCCAGGAUUCCCCAAAGGUCAGGCCUUUCAAAUUCCUUAGAAUGUGGACCAUGCAUGCUUCCUUCUAUCAGCUUAUUCAAAGGGCUUGGGCAGGAGAAUGUUCCCCUCAUUCGAUGAUUAAUGUUCAGCUUAAGUUGAAAAAAACAAAACAAGUUUUAAAAGUGUGGAACAAGGAAAUGUUCGGAAAUAUCUUCUGCCAGAUUCAGAUAGCUGAAGAGGAGCUGGAAGGGAUCGACUUCAGCAUGCAAUCUGCCCCUUUUGAAGAUCUCUCCCAUCAGUUCAUUGAAAGGGAGAUAAAAACACAAAAUUUUCGUUCGUCUGCAAAUGAAAGAGCUAAAAGGGCCACCAUUUCCUCCAUCAGAAAUGCAGUUGGGGAAUCGAUCUCCUCUAGCCGGGAGAUAAAAGCCAAAGCGGUCAAAUUCUUCGAGGAUCUUUUCCAAGUUGAACCCAUCAGUUUCGAUGCUGACUUUCUCCAAGCUAUCCCCCAGGUUAUCACCCAACUGGAUAAUGAUUCCUUGCUGGCUCCUCCUUUGAUGGAGGAGGUCAAAGCGGUGGCCUUUUCUAUGCCUCGAGACGGGGCUGCUGGUCCUAAUGGCUUCUCGGCGGCUUUCUACGCAACCUGUUGGGACAUUAUUAGUGAUGACAUUCUUAAAGCAUCGAGGGACCUCAUGGAUGGGAUCGCUAUCUCAAGAGCGUUCACUUUAAAUCUCAUCUGUCUUAUCCCAAAAUCCCCAUCAACUGCAUGUUUUGCUGAUUUUCGUCCUAUAAGCUUGUGUAACUUUGCCAUGCGUCGGGGAUGCCCCAGCUCCUCCCAUCUUCUCUUCGCCGACGAUAUUCUUCUCUUCACCAACGCCAGGAUCAGAUCCACUGAACAUACUCUCGGGUUCCAGAAAGCUAGGGAGGAAAUUAUCUAUUUGGGUGCCCCUCUGUGCACAGGCAGAAUCAAAUCGUCGGCCUUUCAGUUUCUGGUGGACAAGGUGGAUAGGAGAACGUCUGGUUGGGCGGGUAGACUGAUAUCUCAAGCAAGCAGAGUAACGCUAGUUCGUCAUGUCCUGAGCAGUCUUCCCAUCCAUAUCAUGUUAGCGAUGCAUAUCCCGCGCCAGGUGAUCGACAAGAUGGAAAGAAGCUUCUCAAAUUUCUUUUGGGGAUGGGCUGAUGAGAACAGGAAACUCCACUGGCUGGCUUGGAAAAAGAUUGCCAGACCCAUCGAGGAAGGCGGGUUGGGUAUUAGAAGGUUGAGAGAUGUCAUGGAAGCUCAUUGCUUCAAGCUAGUUUGGACUGUCAAGUAUGGGGAUCCUUCAAGUCCUUCGGCAAAUCUUAUGAAAAGCAAACAUGUCAGGGAUAUACACGCCAUUGCUCAGGUGCCCUCUUCCUCUAACCUAUCGCCUCUUUGGAAGAAAGUUAGAUCCCUUUUUCCUAUUCUUUCGGAGUCAAUUCAGUGGACGGUUGGCAAUGGUGAUCUAAAUUUCUGGUCAGACAACUGA